AUGACAGACUCUAGUCUGGACGAUUUCUUCGCCAAGAAGGAUAAGACGAAGAAGAAAACGAAAGUGAAGCCAGGAGCUGUGGGCGACGUAGAAGUAGAUGGAUCGACAACAACAAAGCCGUCAGGAAAGAAGGAUAAGAACAAGAAAGACAAGGAUAAACAAAAUUCUUCUAGCGGCACAUUAAGUAUAGGAUUAAACACCCAGGAGGAUGAAGAAUGGAAAGAUUUUGAGGAGGAGAAAAAAGUUGACUACACAGGCCUUCGUAUACAGACUCUUCAGAUAUCGAAAGAGGAACAAGAUCGAGAAGCUGCCGAAGCUGCUGAUAAUGGUAAUGAUGAAGAUGACAACAAGGAGAGGAGAGAUGGCGCUUCUGGUCCAUGGAAUAAAGCGAGCACCCCUACCGCACCAGCCCCAGCAUUUGUGACACAGGCUGAACCGGCGAAAGAAGCGUCACACACACCAAAAGCGCCUGCCAAGUAUGUCCCGCCUGCUCAAAGACAUGGAGCUACGUCUGCUGCUAGCUCCACAAGUUUGCCAUCCUCGCGGAAGAAAAAGGAAGCCCCAAAUGUUCACAGUGAGGAGGACUUCCCCACAUUAGGGGGGACGGGAGGAGGUGCAGGCUCAAGCCCUCAGUACAGCAGCAGUGCUUCCUCCGAUGUGAUGCCCACCCAGAGGCGAGGCAUCAGCCUGACACUGGGAAACAAAUUUUCUACUGGACUGACGUAG